GCACACUGCUUCUUCGAUCUUCAACCCCCACACAUUCUCGCUUCAGAUCGCGGACUGAGGGUAAGAGCACCGGCUGCGCAGCAUGGUGCACGUCUCCUUUUACCGGAACUAUGGGAAAACCUUUAAGAAGCCCAGACGUCCCUACGAGAAGGAGCGUCUGGACGCGGAGCUGAAGCUCGUUGGUGAGUAUGGGCUGCGGUGCAAGAGGGAGCUCUGGAGGGUGCAGUAUGCACUCAGUCGCAUUCGUAACAAUGCGAGGAUGCUUUUGACACUGGAUGAGAAGAACCCACGUCGGAUUUUCGAGGGUGAAGCACUGCUGAGGAGGAUGAACAGGUACGGGUUGCUGGACGAGAGCCAGAACAAGCUCGAUUACGUGUUGGCCCUUACUGUCGAGAACUUUCUUGAGCGUCGUCUUCAAACCCUGGUGUUCAAGUCUGGUAUGGCCAAGUCCAUUCACCAUGCCAGAGUGCUCAUCAGGCAGAGGCAUAUUAGGGUUGGCAGACAGGUAGUCAACAUUGCCUCAUUCAUGGUGAGGGUAGACUCACAGAAGCACAUUGAUUUUUCGCUCACGAGUCCAUUUGGUGGUGGACGUCCUGGGAGAGUGAAGCGCAAGAACCAAAAGGCAGCUGCCAAGAAGUCUUCUGGUGGUGAUGGAGAUGAAGAAGAGGAAGAGUAAGCUCAAAACUUUAGAUAUAUGAUGGUAAUGGUAAUAAUAGAGUUUUUUCCAGACAGUAACUGGGGCUUUCUGUGAAUGGCCCUGCAUAGAGAAGUUUUGCUUGUUUCCUUGACUAUUUGUUUUGGUUAUAUUAUUGGAUAAUUGACUUAUCUCUCAUGAGAAUUAUCUUAAAUUUCAUGCUUAAAUUCUCAUUUUAUUA